AUGUAUGUGGAGUUGAGCCAAUGUCAAGUGUUUGUUUGUCUUUUCUUGGACCUCGAGAAUCAAAGAAGUGGCAUCAAGUCUGGGGUCCCAUUUACCAAUAUGCCACUUACUACUACAUACAGACAAAAGCAGUAUCAGUGUGCAAAUGACAUUCUUCAUGCUAAACUAGGAGAUGUUAUUCAGCUGAUUUACUUUCUUUUAAGAGAUGCCAUCUCAAAUAACUCCGUUCGGGUCUCAAUGAUAUCCGAGUACGACCUCGGAGGAGAAGGUGAUCUGUUCAAAGCUCCGGAACCCAUCAUUGAAGAACCAGGUGACAUCUCAUUAAUGUCCCAAGGAAUCAAGGCAGCAGAUGUUGAAUCAAUCCAAAAUGAGCAGCUUUUAGAUGUUCUCUAUGAGUGUGAAAAGGAUAUGAUGGCGCAAGCCAAGAGUGUCAGCUCGGGUUGUUUAAGCUCAAUGGAAUGGGUGCAAGGGGCUGUGAUCAAACCUAAUUUUCCGGAUUUCACUCGAAUGGAUUUCCGCUCUGCUUUCGGAAUGAGGAGAGCAUUUAGUGAAGGAGAUAUACAGACUCUUGGCAAUGGUAAUGUGAGCACCAUCAGCUCGCAUCCGGAUCAACCGAUAAUUCUCAGCAUCUGUUCCGCCGAGGAUCGUAGGGAAAAGCUUUCCAGAUACAGGAAUAAGAAGACAAAGAGGAACUUUGCAAGGAAAAUCAAGUAUGCUUGCAGAAAGGGUCUUGCUGACAGGCAACCGAGGAUCCGCGGAAGGUUUGCAAAGACUGAAGAAUGCGUAACUCCAAGAGGCAUUAGUUGCUUGAGUAAUAAGGUAAUGGCAAAAAUAUCAGUAGUGUCAACUUGGCACAUGGAAAUCUUAUACGGUUAA